AAAAGAACAAUAGACACGUAGUCUUUCAAGAAUGUAAAAGAAUCUUCUAAUUGACCCUUGGUAGGAAUUAAAUAAUAGGUGUGGAGAAGCAGGUAUAAAAAAUGGAAAAUAAGGCAUUAGUAAUAGAGGAAGAGGUAAGUUGGGUGAGAAGAUAGAUCAUAGAUGAAUGAAGCAUCGGGUUACAAUGGGACGGGGAGGCUGGAGUGGAGCUGGAACUCGUCAGCGUCAUUCCUGUAUGGUGGGCUUGUACCCAUUUUUGGAGUGAUUGGGUUAGCGUUGCUUGUGGUGGCUUGUUCUCGGCGUGGAGGAUCUCGAAAACAAACUGAGUCUUUGCGUAACCCUCAAGUUAAUGAAGAGCCUAACAUUUUGGUAAUCGUAGCCGGAGAAGAGCACCCAACUCAUUUGGCAAAGCCUCUCCCUCUGUACUCUCCCUCUCACCGGAAUAUUCGUUUGGAACUCUCAUUCGGCCCUCAAAGAAGAAAGUUAUUAGUGUGCCCUUCAGACAGGUGGAGAUUCUUGGGGCUAGUUAUCCCACCCUUUGAGGUGUCUCCAACAUAGCGAGGAAAUUAGUCACUGCUAUUAACGGUAAAUACUCCAGAGAUAAACCUAAAAAAAAAUCUGCAAGUGGAGGUAUUUAGAAGAGAAAACAGGGAAUAAAUAGUGGGACAUUUCCACCGAUUUGAAGCAUAAGAAUGCAUUUUUAAGGUGGGAGAAGCCCCAACGUAUAUCCUAAACCUGAAGGCUGAAGCGAUAUAUAAGUGGGGUAUGACAUGUCAAAACCUUGUGGCUUGGAGACUCGUUAAAACCUGGUUCUGUUCCCUUCCUUUUAUCAAUGAAGUAGGGACCCGUGUCUUUUUCACUGCAAUGCAA